CCCAAUCCGACCCCCUACCUGACGUCCGCAGCCUCAUGCUUCGCCCCGUCGGCGGCCUGCAGUCCAAGCUGACCCAGCGCAUCCACCAGCAGGAGUCCGCCUCCCUGCAGGCAGCCCUGGACGCCAUGCGUGACGCCGCCGGCCAUCCGACGACCGACGGCGCCCGGCUGCAGAGCUGCAAAGGGCCCGGGGCGUCGGGCUGGCUGCAAGCUAUCCCGUCCCGCCCUGAGACGACCAUCUCCCCCGACGCCUUCGUGUGGAACGUGCAGUUCCAGCUCGGCCUGGUGAAGGGACCGACGACGUGUGGGGCGUGCACGAAGCCCUGCGACCCCCUCGGCGACCACAUGCUCAAGUGCCUCAAUCGCCGCUACCUCACCAGCCGACACAACACCGUCCAAGCGACCGUCUAUCGCAUCUGCAAGGAGGCCCGAUGCCCCAGCGUGAAGACCGAGCAGCUUCUGCGUGACCACCAGUGCCCACUCCCGCAAACGACCGACAAACAGCGGAUGGACCUGGUGCUAACUCAGCAUGACGGCUCGAAGCUCAUGGCUGACGUCACUGGCACUCACCCCACCCACGCCGACCGCCGAGGCGACCCCAGGAACCUCACCAACCAGCGACCCGGCUCGGCCCUUCGCGUGGCCGAGAAGCGCAAGAGGGACCAAUACGCCGUCGCAUGUGCACGGGGAGGGUACACGUUUCUGCCUCUGGCCUUCGAGUCGUAUGGACGGUGGUCUUCGACUAUGGAGACCUUUUUGCACAAGCUAGGCAAGGCAGUGAAGGAAGCUCACUACAGGGAUGACAGGGAUUUCUCGACGGGCCGUGUCGUGGCCCGAUGGUGGGUUCUCUUGUCGUGUGCAGUCAGGCGGGAGUGUGCUCUUACGGUGCGCGGCAAGAGUGAGGCCGCCGCACCAUUCAUCCGCCCCUUCCCCAGAGACGAGGUCUGGGGGAGGGGCCCCUAUUCACCCCAUUAGGUCUUUUCCUUCCCACACUGUGCCUUCCAUAUGCCUAUGCGUGUGUGUGUGUGUGUCUGCGUGUGAGUGUGGCCGUGGGCGUGGGUAUGCGGGUGAAGUAUUGGUAUUCCUGCGUGUGUGUGUGUGUGUCUGGGUGGUGUGCGUGUGUGUAGGGGUGUGAGUGUGGAUGUGGGCGUGGUCUGUGUGUGUGUCUUGCCGCCCUUCUACUUAUCCCAGCGGUGAUAUGUGUAUGGGCGUGGACUGGGGGGGUCUACGGGUCGGCCGCCUGCCGCCCCUCUCCGCCAUGGAGAGUGGGGCGGCGGCGCGCUCUCAUACACCCCCAGCACUCCGUGCGUGAUUGUUAUAAGGGCGUGUUUGUGUGUGACUGGGCGAUCUGCACUGGCUGGCCACCUGGGGAUGGGCGGUAUCUACGUAUGGAGUCAUGGUGCAGGAUGC